UGGAAAACAGAACUGCUGUAUCUAAGUCACACGCUGUGCGAGAUGACCAGAAAGUAGGUCAUGCUUACAACAACAGAGGCAGGUGCCUGUGGAGAAGAUAUGGAAGAAUAUAGCAUCAUGUUAAUAAUUGCUAUUCCUGACUGUGCCUUGAAAAUCGAGAUGCACCCAGCGUAGAAGCAGAACAACAACGAAAUGCAGCGAAGUCCUCAACAGAAUGUGCAGGGGUCUGGCGCCUCUCCUAGGUCGACCCAAGUUGCCAAAACAAUUCAUUUCUACAAGGAUGGGGACUACUACUUCUCCCCUGUAUCUAUGGCUAUCAGUCCAAAAAAAUACCGCAGCAUGGACACCUUGUUGUCAGACUUGUCUGUGAAAGUGCCUGGGUUGUCGUUUGGAGUACGAAGUAUAUAUACGCCAAAGGGUCGCCAUAGUGUAAAGGAUGUCAGUGACAUGCAGAAUGAGGGGAGGUAUGUAUGUUCCACUCAUAGGAAUUAUGCUAAAGGAAUCAAAGUGGAAGUUGUGCACCCCCCUCGUGCCUGGCAUGGUGGAAAACCUCCAAGUGGGAAGAAUGCAUAUAACAGCCAUUUAUUGGGGAGAAAUAUACGAAAAAAGAAAGUGGCAAACACUUCUCGAACAGAAUCAAGGUUGCUUACUACAACCACAGUUCCAAAAAAAAUCACUGUGAUGAAAAAUGGCUUUCCACAUGAGCGGCACGUCAUCAUGCUGAAUAGAAGGACUGCUCAGACGUUUGAGCAAGUACUUGAUGACAUGAGUGACUUGUUUCGGAUAGCUGUCAGGCGCCUGUUCACAACUGAUGGGAAAUUGGUAACAAGCCUAUCUGCUAUAUUCCAUGGCCCUGAUGUGUAUGUGGCUGCCAAGGCUGAGCCAUUUAAGACUAUGAUAACGCCAGAGAUUGAGGCAGGGAUAUCACCUCGCCCUCCUCAGCGCAAAAGAAGGAGCAUAGUCACUGGUGACAGUGAGCAGAGUAAAGUCAGGGAGAAGAAAGAGAAAAUAUCAAAGUCACAUGGUAAGUGGAAGGUGUGGGUGACCACCAAUGAGCUCCCCACAGCUGGCACCACGGCCCAGGUGUACAUCACUGUGUAUGGACAGAGAGGCAACUCUGGUGCUAUUCCCCUUGGGUUGCCUGAUGGUUCCGCCUUCCAGAGCGAACACAAGGACGAGUUUGAGGCUGGAAGAAAAGUUGUGUUGUUUUCCAAGAUAUCUGUUGGAAAUAUUGGUGAAAUAUACAAGAUCCGACUGCAUCAUGAUAAUGCUGGAGAGUUCCCUGGCUGGUUCUGUGAUCAGGUGCAAAUGCACGAUAUGCACACUGAAGAAGAUCUCGUGUUCACGUGUGGGCGCUGGCUGUCCAGGAAGGAGGAUGACUGUGAGAUUACGAGAGAAUUGCCAGCUGUCAGAGAGAAUAAGCCCACACUACCAGUGUUCAAGUACAGUGUCCAGGUGUUCACAGGGGAUGUGUACAAUGCAGGCACAGAGGCCAAUGUGUACAUGACCAUCUAUGGGGAGAGGGGAGACACUGGGGUCAGGCAGCUCAUCAAACACAACAGGACAGACUUCCAGUAUGAGAAGGGAAAGGAUGAUGAAAAGUUAUUUACAAUGGACAAGAAUGACAGUUUUACCAUAGAAGCUGUUUCACUUGGUGCACUGAAGAAAAUAAUCAUCGGUCAUGAUGGCGUAGGGCAUGGUCAAGGGUGGUUCCUAGAGAAGGUCAUAAUUAAAGAAUCUCCCUCUGCAAAAGAAGAUUAUUUAUUUUACUGCCACAGGUGGCUGGACGAAGGAGAAGAUGACAAGAAGAUUGUGCGUGAAAUAAAAGUCCAGGAAGAAUCUCCCCAGUUUCAGAUAGAGAAAGAAAUGUGGGAAUAUGAGCAGUGGAAGUAUGCCAAUGACAACAAGGUGGUGUUCAUAAAUCUUUUGACCCAGAGGGCCUUACGCCUGAAACCAGACGGCAGCGUGGAUGGUGACGGGGAUUUUAAGGACGAACUGGGUGUAUUCACAGUGGUCGCUAAAAAGGGCAGCAUCCGCGUUUUCAGAAGCUUGGAAAAUCCAAAAUAUCAUCUUGCCAUCGAUAAUGGAAAAGUGGUAGGAAUGGGUAAGGGAGGUGCCUACUGCGAGUUUAUCAUCCGUCCACAGAGGGACCGUAGCAUUGCCCUGGAGUCUGUGAAGCACACUCUCCAGACUGUCACCAUCCAGAAGAAUGGGAAAGCUGGGGAUCCCAGAGGGUCUAUCUUAGAUCACACAAAGAUGUUCUUCUGUUACUGCAAGGGUAUGUUCCGUGACACUGGUGAAAUCAUGCUGAGCACCUCCCCAUUCCAAACCCUGGCUGUGGAGAAUGACAACACCUUGAUCGCCACAGGGAAGAGGAACAGACUGGCACACUUUAAGGUGCACAAAGUGGGCACAGAAGGAAAUGUGAGAAAGUUUGAGAGUCUGGCUUUACCAGGACAGUUCAUACAGAUCAAGGAUGGACAAGCCGAUUGCAAAGGCACUGGUGAUGGGCAUUGUGAAUUCCGCGUGGUCAGAUACAAAGAGAAAGGUUUUAUCACUCUGGAGUCGGUGUCUGACAGAGGUGUUGCCUUGGGAAUGACCGCAGAUGGGACGGUACGCCCCACAGUAGACACUGGCGAGAGGAAUGUGAGAUUCUGGCCAGAGGUCAUCAAAUUUGGAAAGAGAAAGAAGAAAGAGGAGAGCCCAGUUGAGGAACCAGUGGAGGAACCAGUGAAGAGCCAUGUGAGGGAGAAGACAGCCUCUCCAGCAAAGGAAUCAGCUGUUCUUAAUAUUAACAUUAACUUAGGUAACAGGACUCCAUCACCUGCUAGAGAAACACCAAGGGAAAAGACUAAGACACCAAAGAAAGAAAGUAAAAAAUCUGCAAAAUCAGUGGCAUCAAUGUCCUCCAAACCAGAAAGCACAGUAUCUGAGUUCACAGAGGGAGACUGGAAGAUCUGGAUAUCUACUCUGGAGAGUCUACAGCAUGGUUAUAUUGUAUUGAUGGUAUAUGGAAACAAGGGGAAAUCCUCACCAGUUAUUCUGGGAGCAUCAGGACUCAAUGAGGUUUUCCAGAAAGGGAACCGUGAUGUCUUCAAGGCCAAUCUAGAAAAGAAUAAGAUUGGGGAAAUCUAUAAGAUUCGCAUAGAACUGGUAGAGGAUAUGAGUGAAGAACAAGUUGCUACUUGGAAAGUCAAAGAGGUAAAAAUGCAGGAUAUCUUCAGUAAUGAGACUCACCUGUUCAGGUUCGACCGUUACCUGUCACGUGCUGAGGAUGAUGGUGCAGUGGCCCGAGAACUGCCCGUGAUGAAGAAUGGAAAGGAAGUGCUUCCAGUUGUUAAGUAUCAAGUCUCUGUUCACACUGGCACAGAGGUAGACUCUGACACCAAGGCUAAUGUGUACAUCCAGUUGAAUGGAGAGCACGGAGAUACUGGGAAAAGAUUGUUACACAGAUCCAAUAACAAGGACAGGUUUCUUCAAGGACAGGUUGAUGUCUUUGAGCUGGAGGCAGUGUCCCUGGGUCAGCUGUCCACCUGUGAGGUGUCCAUAGACACUGACUCCCCUGGGGAUGGCUGGUACUGUCACCAAGUGGUCAUCAAGGAGGGUGACAAAGAGUUCAUCUAUCCGUGUGACCAGUGGCUUGAUGCCGGGAAGGAUGAUAAGAAGAUUACCAGGAUACUCAAACUCAAAGAAGACAUUAAACCUGAGCAGACAAGUGUCAAUGCUACCUUGGAAACCAGAAAUUCUCCCAAGCCAGAAAAAGAAGAAGACAUAAAGGAAGAUAAAAAAGAAGAAAAUAAGUCUAGGGGCGUUUAUGGAGUCCUGGUGACUACUGCAAAAGACUCCAAACCCUCCAAUGACUCUAAGGCAGUCAUCACUGUGUAUGGGGAGGAGGGAGUGAGUGAAGACUUUGAACUCUGGGCACUGGGGGCACCGCACAAACUAUUUGAGGCAGGAAAUAUUGAUGAGUUCCAGAUUAAUGCUGGUGACAUUGGUGAUCUGUACAAGAUUCGUGUCGGAAUGGAAGAAGGCAAAGGUUGGGAGGCAUGGCACUUGGAAGAGGUGAUUCUCCAAGACAAACACACUGAGGAAUCCUUCAUAUUCCAUUUUGACCGGUGGAUGUCCAGAGACAUGGAUGACCAUGAUGUGGUCAGGGAGAUGGCCGUACAGAGGGAUGGAAAAGAAGUGCUUCCAAUGCAACAUUAUGAGGUAUCUGUGUACACUGGGAGACGCUGGGCAGCUGACUGCGAUGCCAACCUCUACAUCACCCUGUGUGGCAGCAAGGGGGACAGUGGCAAGAGACAGCUGUACCAUUCCUUAGAAAAUGACUGCAAGUUCCAGAGAGAACAGGUGGAUGUGUUCAAACUGGAGGCAGUGUCCUUAGAGGACUUGACCAAGGUUGUGGUCAGCCAUGACGGCAGGGGACACGGAGCUGGUAUUUUCUUGGACAAGGUUGUGGUCAAGGAAACGGACGGGUCAGACAGGGAGGUCAUUUUCCCAUGUGGACACUGGCUGGACGAUCAUGAAGAGGACAAGAAAGUGGAGAUGGAACUCUUCCCAGCAGAUGAUGUCCAAGAAGUGCCAUACAUUGAAAAGGAGACCAGAGCAAUUAAAGAGAUGGAGCCAGAGUCCAGCAAAGGUAACUGGGCAGCAUGGAUAACCACAGGAGGGUCAGAGGAUGCAGGGACCACUGCCACACUGACCAUGGUCGUCUAUGGUGUCCAGGGAAAAAGUGACCAGAUACCCCUGUGCAAAGAAGAAGGAGAAGGGUUUAAGCCAGGGAUGACAGAUGAUUUCAAGAUCUCAGUUGGUGACAUUGGGAAUAUCUACAAAGUACAACUAGCACUGCAGAGUUCUGAGAUGGAGACAUUCUACCUCAGCAAGAUGAAGCUGAAAGAUCAGGAUACAGGGCAAGAGUUCCACUUUGCCUAUGACAACUGGCUCAGGAUGACGGCAGAGAACCCUAGUGGAUGUGUAGAGCUGCCUGCUGUGUGGCCUGAUAUCAUGCCACUGCAAGAUGUCACCUAUGUGGUCAGUGUGACAACAGGACACCAGCCAGGGGCAGAGACAAGGGCUGAUGUGUACUGUAUGUUGGUGGGAGAGUGGGGAGACACAGGGAGGAGAGCUCUCACACAGACUGUGGCCUCUGACACUACCACUCUUAAUAAUGUCAACUUCAGGAAGGGACAGUCUGACACAUUCCAUAUAUCAGGCUUAGAUUUAGGAAAGUUGGAGAAAGUAAUAGUUGGACAUACUACCGAAGGCUAUGGCGCAGGGUGGUUCUGUGAGUCUGUCACAGUGAGAAGGAAAGAAGAAACAAAGGAAGAGAGUCAGGAGACAGAGGAAGAACAAGACAAAGUUAAGGAUGAGGGUGAUAGCCCACCAGAAUAUGAGCUUAUUUUCCCAUGUCACAGAUGGCUGGACAGCGAGAUAGGAGAUGGUCAGCUGGAGAGGGAACUUCUGCCUAUGUCUGAGGUACCUCUGAAAGGACCCUCUGAAGAGCUGGAGUCCAAAGGUGAAUGGAAGGUGAAGAUAGUCACUGUGCCUCAGAACGGCACCCCCUCUGCCCCUGUGACCCUUACUGUGAUAGGAGAAGAGAACACAGCAGGACCCUUUGAACUCAAGGAUGACUCAGCAGAAAAACAAUCCGAGCCAGAUUCACAGGAAUGUCAUGUAUCUGUUGGACAAAUUGGUGAUCUUAAGAAGAUCAGAGUCUGCCAAGAACAACAGGAUGUGACCUGGUUCAUCAAGGAGCUCACUAUGGAAGAUACCCAUACCAAAGAAAUGCUGCAUUUCAAUUUUACCAAAUGGCUGGGAGACAACACCAGCUCUGUGAAGGAACUGCCAGUGGCCAGGACUGGGAAGUGGGUGGCCCCAGUGGUCCCAUACACUGUCUCCAUAUGUACUGGUGAUGUCCAGGAGGGAGUAGAUGCUGGCACUUUCUCCAACAUCUUUGUCAACAUCAUUGGCACCCUGGGAGACUCUGGGAAAAGGAUGUUAUCUGUGAACAAAAAUGACUCCAUCAAGUUUCAGAAAGGACAGGUGGAUGAGUUCUUGAUAGAAGCAGUUGACCUGGGUGACAUUCAGAAGGUCAUGGUCACCAAGGGACCCGGUGACCCCUGGCUUUUCAAAGAAAUGAUCAUCAGGGAGGAGGGCUUGGCAGAGGAAAAAGUCUUCAUUUAUGAUAAGUGGCUGGGAGAUACUGGAAAUAAAGACGAAGCAGUAGACAUUGAGCUGACUGAGAGUGAAACCAGGCUGUGUGAAGCCAUGCAACCCACAGCUAAGGAACGAGGGGGUAUUGCAGAGGGUGAGUGGACAGUGCAGACACUAACAGGUGACCUGGACGAAGCAGACAACAACAAGCAGCUGUAUGUGGUGAUGUGUGGAGAGAAGGGAGAGACUGACCAGCUGCCACUGCAGCCUGUGGCUUCAGAAGAGUUCAGACAGGAAAGAGGGAAGUGGGACAAAUUUAAGAUUACAGUGACUGGAGACAUAGGUCCCCUGAAGAAAAUACGUCUGGGUUACGUGGAUACCUCAUGGGAUCCUUCCUGGUAUAUGGACAUCAUACGGUUCCAUAAAGACACCACCAGCGAGGAGUUUGGAUUUGAGUACAGAGGCUGGGUCAGGGUGGAUGGGGAGUGUGACGGGGUGGUGGAGUUCCCUGUGGUCUGGCCAGGAAUACCCCCUGCACCAUUGAUCAAGUACCAGUUGUCAGUGUACACGGGAGCAGUCAGUGGGGCAGGGACAGAUUCCAAUGUAUACAUCAUUAUAGAUGGACAAGAUGGCGGGACAGGCAAAAGAUGGUUGAAAAAAUCUCAGAAUAAUGAUAAUAAAUUUGAAGAAGGACAGAUGGACAUAUUUAACCUGGAGUCUGUGUGGAUGAAGGAUCUCCAGAAAGUAGUGGUCGGCCAUGAUGGUGCAGGUGUAGGAUCUGGCUGGUUCCUGGACAAAGUGGUCAUCAAGGAGGAUGCUGAUGCUGAGAAGGAAUACGAAUUCUUGUGCAAUAAAUGGCUUGAUGAGGGUGAGGAUGAUGGCAAAGUGGAAAGAGAACUGUUGGUAACAGCCAGUGAAGAGAGUGGAGAGGAAGAAGCAGAAGAUUUAGAAUCAAAGGAGCUGUGGAAGGUGUGGACCACCACUGGUGAUCUCCCUGAUGCUGAUGCCUCUUCACAAGUGGUGCUGAUACUGUAUGGAGAAAAUGACCGCUCUGAGGAAAUCCCCAUUGGACAUGACAGAGAGGAGAAGUUCCUCAAGGCCUCGACUGAUGAGUUCAGGGUCAAAGCCAAAGCCAACCUGGGUAAGAUCUACAAACUGCGUGUUGGGUUCAGUGAAGAUACACAAGGUCAACCUUCGUGGUACCUUGAAAAGGUCCGUCUGCAGCACUUGGAUUCUGGUGCUAACUAUGAGUUUGAGUUCAACUGUUGGGUGUCUCUGACUGAUGAGCAGGACUGGUGGGUGGAGAGGCCUGUCACUGAGGAUCUCUUACUGCCAGUAUAUAAAUAUGAAGUGACAGUUCACACUGGAGACAAGUCAGGCGGAGGCACCAAUGCUAAUGUCUACCUGAAGAUAACUGGAGAGAGAGGUGACACUGGAGCAAGACGUCUGCUGAAGUCCAUGAACAACAUCAACAAAUUUGAAAGUGGACAGAGUGACACAUUUAGCCUUGAAGCAGUGGACCUUGGUCAGUUGAAGAGUGUGGUGGUAGGGCAUGAUGGAACUGGAGCAGGCAGUGGAUGGUUCUUGGAUAAAGUGGUCAUCAAAGAUCCACAGGAUCAUGAAUACACUUUUGAAUGUGAUAGAUGGCUAGAUGAAGGAGAAGAUGAUGGCCUGAUAGAGAGAGAGUUACAGUUGGCAGCUCAAGCCAGCAAGUGGACAGCACUGACCUUUACCGGCCCAGAUGAGGAGAACACCACCGAGGCCCAGGUCGCCAUGGUCCUAUAUGGAGACAAGGGGCACUCGAAGGUGCUUCAUGUUCAGAAGGAAGGAGGGUUCACUAUCACUGAAGGGACACCUGAUGAGUUUGAGCUGGAAGUAGAUGAUGACUUGGGAGACAUUUACAAGUUACGAGUUGGCUUUGAAGACCCCAGUGGAGAUCCUCAGUGGUUUAUGAAGAUGGUAAAAUUCAUUAAUGCCACCACGUCCAAGGAGUACAUAUUUGAGUUGAAUGGCUGGAUCUGGGCCAACAGUGAACAGGACUGCUGGAGAGAAAUUGCACUCAGAACGGAAGAAGAAGAAAAAGUUUUCAGUGUGUACAAGUACCAGGUUGAAGUGUACACUGGAGACAAGAGUGGAGCAGGGACCAAUGCCAAUGUCUACCUCCAGGUGUUUGGAGAGAGGGGAGACACCGGGAAAAGGAAAUUACUGAAGUCAACAAAUAACUCAAAUAAAUUUGAACAAGGACAGUUGGACCUGUUUGAGAUUGAGGCAGUGGACAUGAAGGACCUGACCAAGGUCACGGUGGGACAUGACGGCAGUGGGCUGGGCUCUGGCUGGUACUUGGAUAAGAUCAUCAUCACAGAGUCUCCUCAGGCCAAGAAAAAGUAUCUGUUUAACUGUGAUAGGUGGUUGGAGGAGGGUGAAGAUGAUGGACUGACAGAGAGGGAGCUGAUGUUGACAGAAGUCAUUGAUGAAGGUGGAGAAGAACCCCCAGCAAAAGCUGGUGACUGGAAACUGACAAUAACCACCAGUCCUAUAGAGAACAGUGGCACUGAUGCCCGGGUGACUGUCACUGUAUUUGGAGAGACUGGUGACACGGGUCCUCUGCCACUGGGACAGCCAGGCCUAGGACACUUUGAGAGUGGAAAGGUGGAUGAAUUUAAGAUAUUUGUUGACCCUGAGAAGGUUGGUAAAAUCACCAAAUUGCGGCUGGAGCAUGACAACAGCAGUUCAGCACCAGGGUGGCACGUUGGAAAGAUUGUACUGGAUAAUGUGUUGGAUGAGACCCAGUUGGAGUUCCCAGUGAACAGGUGGCUGGAUGCCCUGGAGGAGGAUGGGGACACUGUGAGAGAGCUGCCAGCUCAUUGGCCUGGAGAGGAACCAAUCACAGCUACCAAGUACAUACUGCAGACCCACACCAGCAGUGACUUUGGGGCUGGGACAGAUGCCAAUGUCCAUGUUGUCUUGUAUGGGGAGAAGGGAGACUCAGGAAAGAGACAUUUGAGAAAGAACAUUGAGGGAGAUGGCAUGUUUGAGAGUGGAAAGGUGGACACUUUCCAUGUGGAAGCAAUCGGCCUUGGUAAACUGACCAAAGUGGUCAUCGGUCAUGAUGGCGAGGGGUCAGGGGCUGGUUGGUACCUGGAAAAGGUGACCAUCAAGGAGGGAGAGGAUGGCCAGGAGUGUGUAUUCCCAUGUAACAGAUGGCUGGACUCUGGUGAAGAUGAUGGGAAGACAGAAAGAGAAUUAAUUUUGGAGAACAAUAAUGCUGUAUAAAACUGGACUUGCUGUCUUUUUAUGUGCAUAUGUAAAUAUUUAUCAUAUUAAUCUGAUCACGUCACAUUUUCACUGCAUGUUUUUGGAGCUACGUAAGAAAUACAGGGGAUCAUUGAUUCGUAAUGAUGUGGUGGAUCUCCAGAUUGACAGUGAUCAGACUACAUGAAGAGAUGUAUUAGUUUUGAAUUUUACCUUCUUUACAGAUGGCAUAAAACCCAAGUUAUACUUAUUAUAUAAAUUUCUGUAUAUAUAUUUUUUGGUAUUCUUAUAAAUAUGUAUCACAUAUGACAGAAUCUCAACAAUGUUUCUGAGAUCAUGUACAGUGGCUUUAGAAGUACACAUUAAAGAUUUGAUUAACUAUAUAUAUAUAUA